GGACGAAGCCCCGCGUGACAUGCUAACACUCUACUCGUCGACGGAAGGCUCCAAGUCUUUUGAGUCGAGCGAAGGAACUUUGUUCGUGCGGUCCCUGUGCCAAAUUCUAGACGCCAACGCCCACAACACGGACAUGCCGUGCUGACGUUCCCUCACCUGCACACCAGUGAGCAGCAUGUCGACGAGUGCAAAUGCAGUGAGUUCUGAGUGUGUGGUGAAAUAUAAUCAUACUUCUCGGCUCUGGUCGAGCCUGGCCGAAGGCGACGAGAAAGGGGUGGUCCAGGCCCUAGAGGAAGGCGCUGACGUGAACCAGGUGAGCCCCGGCGGAGGUCGGCCCAUUCACUCCGCUGCUCUUCGGAAUUCUGGCGGUCUCGUGAGGAUCCUUUUGAAUCACGGCGCCCUCUGCGAUGCUUCCGACGACGAAGGCUUCACGCCUCUAAUGGUGGCGUCCCUAAAUGGGCAUACUGAGGUGGUGCAGGAGCUGCUGAAGGGCGGUGCGGACCCGAAAAUACAUCGGCCUGAUGACUUCGGCGGGGACACAGCCCUCCACAUGGUCACCAACACAGACGAAGGCGAGGUGUUGAGAACCCUGCUGGAGGCGGGGGCAGAUCCUAACGCCAGGGCCAGCGGCAUGAACAACAUGACGCCUCUGCACUUUGCUGCGGAGAUCGGGAGAAAGAACUUGGCUGAGCUGCUUGCGAACCACCCGAGCUGCGAAGUCAAUCUGAGAGACGCCCGUGGCCUCACGCCCGCCCGCCUAGCUAAGGAAAGCUGCCCGAGUCUCUCGCUCUACCUGGAUUUGUGCUGCGGAGCCAAGUCUCGUAUGGACAAGCUUCUCAUCGCUGCGGUCAGGAGGAAUGAUGCGGCGGAAGUGAGGACAGCGCUGGACAAGGAGGCGGACCUGAGCUUACAGGGUCCAGAGGAUGGCGGGACCUUGCUCCACCUGGCGUCCCAGGGUUCCUCAGGACAAGUUCUCCAGAUGCUUCUCUCUCGAGGCGCCUCGGUGGACGCAAGGACCAGUCAGGGAUUCACGCCGCUCAUGAUAGCGGCUCAGAGGGGCGCGACGGAAGCCUUAGGGCUCCUUUUGGCACAUCGGGCCAAUCCAAAGCUGUCCACUCCUAACGGGACGACGGCGCUGCACUUGGCCGUUCAAAGUCAGGACUCUUCCGCAGUGACUGCUCUCCUCGACGCCGGCGUAGACGUCAACGCCACCAAGGCCGACGGGUCCACGCCGCUGCACAUCGCCGCUGCGUUGGGGGCUCUCGGGCUGGCUCAUCUCUUGUUGGGUGACUACCUGUGCUGCAUUGCUAUCGAGGGCCGCUCGCCUGCUCAGGUGGCGAGGGAGGCCGGCCACCUGGAAUUCGCCAAAUUCAUCGAGCAAAGGAUCGGCAUUUGCGAUGAGAGUGACGACGAAAGUGCUCAGCUCCCCCGAGAGGACUUCCGCGUAGUGGUCGGCCAGCCCGUGCCUCCCGGGCCGGGCGUGUACCGGAACCUCUCCGAACCGUAUCGAGGUCGAGUCCUCAUCAUCAACUACCGGGAAUUCAGUUUGAGGAUAGCCACUCGCCACGACUCUGAGAGAGAUGUAGCAAAUCUCAGGAAAAUGUUUAGAAAUAUGGGCUACCAAGUGGAAGAUCACCAGGACCUGGAUCUGGAAGCGACUAAAGAGGUGCUGAAUAACUUCAGGAGUAACGAGAAUCUAGCUAAAGUUGACUCAAUGUUCGUGUGCAUGUUGAGUCAUGGCAUCGACCGGGAUACAUUCUACACAUCUGAUAUGAGAAAGAUGGACGUCCCUGCGGUCCGGAAUAUGUUCAAAGAUCAGGCUUGUCCUCUCAUGAAGGGAAAACCCAAGGUUUUCCUUUUCAACUUCUGCCGCGGAAAAACUCUCGAAAGCUUCUCUGGACAUAGUAUAGGGGACGAUAUACCUUGUACGUCACAGAGCGCGGUCGGCCGCGACAAGGUACCUCCCGCAAAGGACGAAGCCCCGCGUGAUAUGCUAACCCUCUACGCGUCGACGGAAGGCUUCAAGGCUUUUAGGACGAACGAAGGAACUUUGUUCGUGCGGUCCCUGUGUCAAACUCUAGCCGCCCACGCCCACAACACGGACAUGGUCAGCAUGGUUCAGAAGCUGGACCAGCUCAUGACAGCAAGACGACACGCUACAACGCCGGAGGCACAGAGCUUCGCCUUCAAGAAGUUUUUCCUGAAUCCAUUAAAGCCGUCCGACGCAUGAUGCUGUUCUGAGUCUCCAACGAUCACUGUGCUUUAUUGCAUGCUGGCGGGUGGGCGUGUGUGCCGGCUUUCGUAAUCAGGAUCGCUGUUGGCUUUUAGGUCUGUUGUGUCCUACCCGCCUUUUUCAGUACAUAAACACUUAUGUAUAGGCGUGCGUAUACGUGUGUUCAUGUUUGUUCGUUUGAUUGUGUGUGUGUGCGUGUAUGUGUUCAUUUGCUAGUUAUCGAUAUAUGUGUCCUUUAUGUAUCCAUCGAUAUUUUGAUUACUAAAAGAUAAAGGUAAAAUUAUAAAAUGAUAACCAACGUUUUACCGGCAAUUAAUUUGCUUUGAGUAGAUUUUCAUUUUAGUUGAGAAUCAUUUGGUGGUCGAGAAUUCUUGUUUCUUAUCGUUCACUCUCUUUUGUGUGCUUAAAAAUGAUCCUGGACUUUUGAAGAAUAAAUAGAUAUUGACAAGCAAUUUCGCCGCGUAAAUUACUUGCGCCCUUCGACUUUCUUUUUAUUCCUGCUUCAAAUUCUGUUCUUUUGUUUGAAUUACGUUUUUGCCUCAAGGAAGAGAUAGAGAUAGACGCACAGAAGAAGAGAGGGAACUUGAACAUACGUUAAAAUUUAUAAGACUCAAAUGCACUGCUAAAUAACUGUUGCCGUAACAGAAAGAAAGAAAAAAAAAGAGUCCCUCUCUCUCUCUCCCCCACUUAUAACUAAUAUAUGUAAUCAUCUCAGUCAUUUGAAAAUGACUGAGAUGAUUACAUGGCUUGUAUGGACGCGAGUUCGAGUUCCACCUUUGCCCAAUCUAUCCACCCAACCAUUUUGAGCAUUAGUUUUCAUUCACUGCAAGCUAAUAGCUAUAUUUCACUGUACAUACUGUGAUUUGGUCUCAAACUUGGGGAUAUUCUAUCUGGAUGCGAACUUUGCUCGAAUGAAUCCAUCUCCUGUCUCUUCUCCACAAACAGAUGGUCAUGCGUCUGUAACUAAUUUGAUUAGUUUUUCAACUGCUUGAAUAUGACAAGGGAGUCUUUCCAAAUUGAGCUUACACUCUUCUUUGAUGUGCCUAUCAGUGAACUCAUCUGAAUAUUGAGCCUCCAAAGGAGGUUCUGCCACAUCAGUAAGUGGAGUUUGUAGAAACUUUGAUCUAUUCUUAUAUUAGAUUUUGCAUUACAAAUUAGUCGGCGACGCUGCUUCUUCUAUCGCCUCUUC